CCCACAUGUACAAAGUAUAUGACGUCAUGUCAACCCCAUACACAUAAAAUCUCAGAGUUAAUCGGUGGUCAGACUCCAGCGUUGAAUCAGCGUUUACUAAUCGGCACCGGAAAAACGACCUGAUCCAGACUUAAUGACCCAACUGAAACACCCGACCCGGAUUGAAUGACCAAACCCAGAAUUUAAUGGGCCGAGUUAAAAUAAACACUUAAUGGGUCUCGUUAUUUAAGUAGGCCGAAUUGAAUUAAAUAAAAAGUAAACAUUUGGCCCAGUCCAAUUCAGGAUCUCAUUACCCAUCUCGUAAAAGUAAAACGCGUCGUCUUCUUCCUAUGUGGUGAAAGAAAAAUCCUCUUUGACCUAGGGUUUUCGCGAGAGAAAAGGAGAAGGGAUUUCGUCGAUAGUGAAGAAUCCGGUGAAAUCGAUAAAGCAGGCUGAGUCGUGGAUUGAUUCUCGUUGGAAUGAGUAGGAACAUUACAGUGAAGGUGUAUUGCCAUCAUUCUAGCAAAUUCAGACCAAUAGGUGGAGUGUUAGAAUACGUUGAUGGAACUGUUGAAAAAUUUAAGGUGGAUUCCAUCACUAUCUUCCAAGAUGUAGUGUUAAAAAUGCUUGAGAAAAGAGUUAAGAACCUUGGGAAGAUGUGGUAUAAGCUGCCUUUUGAGGACGUAUCAGACAGGAAGCCUCUAUGGGAGGAUGUGGAUGCUAAUAAGAAGAAGUUGGUUGCAAAAGGACGUUGAAUGGGUGAGAUAGACAUCUAUUUUGAAAAAAAGAAGAUGAAUCUCUUGAAACCUUAGAAGAAGCUGCUAAGUAGGUCGUUGAAGAAGCUGCUAAGAAGGUCUUAAGUGACUUAGAAAAGAAGCGAAAUCAGUUAUUCAGCAGAAUUUGGUUGAAGAAGAAGACAGUGAAGGUCAGAAAUCAGAUGGAGGUUUAUAUGAAUCAUCAGAUUCUGAUGAUGAAAUUGUUGACGAGGAACCAUAGAUUAUUGAGGAGGAUAUACAAGUUUUCAACAAUCAAAAUUACGAGGAACAGAUUCCAGAUGAAGACGAUGUAUAUCCCGCAACUGAUGAUGAGUCUGGUGAUGAGGAAGCACAAGCACAGAUGAUGGUUAAAAAUGGUGAACUAGAUGGUGUGUUCAGUUUGAAGCAAUUGUUCUAUAGUGGGAGUUAAUUUAAGAAGAAUGUGGUCAAAUAUGUCUUGAAGAACAGGAGGAAUGUUGUCUAUGGUAGGUGGGAGAAGGACAAGCUUGGUGCUAGAUGUAAAGGUAAAGGCUGCGGAUGGAAAAUCUAUUGUGCUAUGGAGAAUCCUCUUGCUAAGUGGAUGGUGAAGACUUAUCAUUAUAAUCAUCAAUGUCAUCCAACAGGAAGGUGUGAAAUUAUAAAGGCUCAUGUUAUUGCUAAUCUCUUUUUAGAAGAUAUUAGAAGAAAUUCGUAGAUGAGUGGACCAGAGAUAAAAGAUGAGAUGAAGAGGAGGUACAAUAUUAUCAUCUCACUAAAUCAGGCUAAAGUUGCUAGGAGACGUGUCUUUGACAAGCUACAAGCUGAAUGUGAUGAACAAUUUGCAAGAUUGAGAGACUAUGAGCUGCAGCUAAUUGAGACCAAUCCAGAAACUACAAUAGAGAUUAAUACAACAACAACGGCUAAUGGCAGUGAAGCAUUCCACCAAAUGUACAUUUGUUUUGAGGCGCUGAAGAGUUCCUGGAAGAAGAAUUGUCGACCAAUCAUUGGUCUUGAUGGCCCAUUCUUGAAGCACUCCAUGAAAGGGAUGAUGCUUACUGUUGUAGGAACGGAUCCUAAUAACCAGAUCUUUCCAAUAGCAUGGGCUGUAGUGGAUUGUGAGAACAAUCCUAAUUGGGAAUGGUUUGUGCGUAAGCUAAAGGAAGACUUGGACUUGGGGUCAGAUGAGAACCUCACUCUCAUUUCUAACAUGCACAGAGGAUUGAUUCAUGGUGUUGCAACUGAGUUACCAAUGGCGGAGCAUAGAGCCUGUGCUCGACACAUCUACUCAAACUUGAAGAAAUCUCACAAAGCGGACAUGUUGAAGCCAUUGUUCUGGAGAGUUGCAAGCAGCUACAACGAAGCAGAUUAUAAGGAAAAUUUGUAGAUUUUUAAGGAGUUUGAUCCGCAGGCUUUUCAAACUUUACUCCAAAAGGAUCCAACUACAUGGUGCAGGGCAUUCAUUAGGGUUGGAUGUUGUUGUGCUGAUACACACAACAAUCAUACUGAGUCCUACAACAGAACUUUGAAGAUUGCAAGGAGGAAUCCAUUUGUCCAUAUGUUAGAGCUGAUAAGAAGGUAUGCUAUGCAAAGGGUUGCCAAGUGCCAACAGGUGCAUUAUUGCUGGAAAAUAAACUCCAAAACACACAAAAAAGGCAAGGCAAGAAGUGGCGAAGUCUUGUGAUGAAGCUCAAUAUUGUGCAAUGGUUACAAGCACAAGAGGAGAGUUUGAGAUUGUUGAGUUUGGGAUUGGAUAUUCAGUGAGUUUGAGUGCGCAUACUUGUGUAUGCAGGAAGUGGGAUUUGACUGGUAUCCCGUGUCGCCAUGAUGUAUGUGCAAUCAGAGAAAUGAAUUUGGAAGUGGAGGACUAUAUCUCAGACUACUACUUGUCUGAGAAAUGGCAAGAGACUUAAAGGAGAGGUUUAAAGCGUGUUAAUGGAUCUAAAUUCUAGAAGGAUUCUGGAAGACCACGGAUUGCUGCACCGCCUUACAAACGUCUUGCAAGUAGCCCUCCUGGUAAGGCAAGGAUCAAGGGUCUUAAUGAAUCACCACGUAAAAAGAAGUCUGCAGAUUCUGAAUUCAAAGUUAGUCGGGCACGAAGAGUGGUGCAUUGUGGUCUCUGUGGUGAAGCGGGUCAUAAUUCAAGAAGGUGUCCUCAUGAGGUAAUACUCUAUCAUUACUUCUGUGUUAUUUUGGUUUUGUAUUGAUGUCUUUUUUGCGUUUCAAUAAUCUGCGGAGAGUAGGGCAAAGAGACGGAAACUAAAGGAGGCCCCUCAACUGGAAGCUCAAGAUCAAGCUGAAAUGCAAGCAUCAUUGGCAGCCAUGGAACAACCAAUAACUGAAGCUCAGGAUCAAGCUGGAAUGGAAGCGGCAAUGGCAGCAAUGAAACAGCAGGAAGCUCAAGAUCACGCUGAAGUGCAAGAUGUUUCUUCAUCCGCACCUCAGCCAAACUUUCUUUCUAGGUUACUAUUUGGAUGAGGUUACUAUUAGGAUGGAGAUGGUAUGUAGAAGGUUUGUUUUUUGGAAGUUAAACACUUUAAUCGGCUUGGUGGUCAUGUGGGUCUUGUUUUUGGUGACACUUGAAUCGGCAUUGUAUUUUGGUCAUGUGUGUCUUGUAUUUGGGCAUUUGGUCUUGUAUUGGUAACCUUAAACCCUUCAAUCGGCUAAGUAUUUUGUUCUUCUUUUAGGUGACUUAAACA